CCUCCCCUCUCCCUCUUUCCCCCCCACUCCCACGUUCUGCAGCUGAUUUCUCCCACACCCCAUCGAAUCGAUGCAGUGCACCUUCCCCUCCCUCCUGGUGGCGAUUCUCUUCGGCGGCUUUCUCGCCUCAGCCUCAGCGCAGUAUGACAUGCACCUUGCCAUCCGAUGCCGCAACGGGGCAAGAGAUCCAGGAUGUUUCUCGACGGCAGUCAUUCCUGGCUACACAGGUCGGUGGAUGGGCAGACGAAAGGCAAAGGCGAAGCCGGAGGUGGCUGAUGCGUAGUGUUUGGUUGCGUUGUACCCGCAGGUGUGAGUCACGCUGUGACGCUGGGCGGGCGGCAGAUACAGGUGCCCUGGAACUCUCCCAUACUCCCUUACUACACAGGGGCCAGCAAGGUGAGGCAGGCUCAGUUCCCUCCCCUGUACGUCCCAUGACCAUUCUGAGUGCUCGGCAUCCUGUGUGUGAGCAGUACCAGAACAAGAUCGGUGUGUUGGGCAGCAGAGAGUAUCCUCGCCGUGGCUACAACCUCUCCAGGUUUCCCUUCGCCCGCUCUAGGCCCACGCGGACCUUUAGGGGGGUGUGGGACAGACGGGGCAUUGGGAGCUCAUGGAGUCGCUCACGGGGCAUUGGCUCACGCUUUGGGAGGCUCUUUCGGCGGCGGAUGUCCACGGCAGCUGCUGGGGCUGCCCGUGAUGCGCAGCGAGAGACGCUGGCCGUGGCGUGAGACGAUUUUUUCCUCGACUCUUUCUUUAUGCGUGUGUUUCGUGUUCGUGUCAAGUAUUUAAUCGGCCAGGCUGCUGGUCUCGUGCGUGUGUACCAAUUGGGGUCGGCUGCUGCUUUGUCGUGUCAGCCCUUUCUCCUUUCUACCCGUCAGUACAUCUGUCUGCCCAUGUGUUGAUAUACUGACAUGUGCUGCGUGCCUCCUGAC